AUGAAUGCAUUCUUUGAAGGUUAUGUACAUUCUAGAACAAACUUAAAGGAGUUUGUAGACCAAUUUGAUAACGCCUUGAAAAAAAAAAUUGAGAAUGAAAAUCUCGCAGACUUCCAGUCAUUUAAUGUCACAAUUCCCUGCAUAUCUAGAUCUCCGAUUGAAAAGAGGUUCCAAGAGUUGUACACGAUUGCUAAGUUCAAGGAAGUUCAGCAACAAGUCAACGGUAUCAUUGACUUGAAUCCGAAGUUAGCACCAAGUGAUGGUGCAAUAAAGACAUAUAUGGUUGAGGAUGAAGUAGCUUUGGAGGAGUUCACUAAGUUGGUUACGUAUUUUGUGGACUUUAGUGAGGUUGAUGCAGUUGCAAAGUGCUCUUGUGGAUUAUUUGAGAUGAGGGGAAUAUUAUGUCGGCACAUUUUGGCUGUAUUCCGAUGUAACGAUAUUAGAUAUUUGCUGGAAAUAUACAUUUUAGAUCGAUGGAGGAAGGAUAUUAAAAGGCGAUACACAUUAAUCCACAGUAGCUAUGAUGAAGGGGACCAACGACCCGAUGCUAAUAGAUAUUCAAGUCUUUUGAGCAUUUAUUAUCAGAUGAUUACUCAUGCAGCUAGUUCGAGAAAGCAUACUGAGGAUGCGAGAAGUAAGUUACAUGCGAUGAUUGAGCUCUAUCGUGCCAAUGAAGAACCCCCAUCUUUCACUUAA